UGAACAAUGAACUGAGAGUGAGGAGGAGGAGGAGCUUAUUCACCCCGGACUUUACCUGCAGCUCAGUCCCACUGUCUCACAGUUACCUUCACUGAGCCCACCUCCCUAUAGCAGCUCAAUAGAAGAACCCGCAAUGGAAAUCGAAAAGGAGGUGAAAAAGAUUACCCUGGGCCAUGAGGUAGGAGCUGGCGCCGCCUGUCUUAAAUGCAAGGACAAAUGUGAGGGAUUUGAGCUGCACUUCUGGAGAAAGAUCUGUCGUAAUUGUAAGUGUGGGAUAGAGGACCAUGAUGUGCAGCUGCAGACUGAGGAGAGCCAGAAGGUGGGCCGGCUGUUUGAAGACACCAAGUACACAGGACUCAUCGCCAAGCUAAAGAAGGAUGGGGUGCCUUCCUACCGAAGCAAUCAGGUUACCAUAUCUGUCACAGCCCCGGCUAUUGGCACUGCAGUGCCCAUUCCAGCUACAGCUGCAGCUACAGUUUACCCUGCCAUCACUCCGACCCCCACUGCCCCUGCUGCCACUACAGGUCCUUCUGGAACCUCUGCCCCCAACCGUGGUGUACCUUCCGGUCCUGCUGCCCCUUCGGGAACUUCCACUCACAACCGUGGUGUACCGUCCGGCCCUGCUGCCCUUUCUGCGACUUCAGCCCCCAACCGUGGUGUACCUUCUGGCACUGCUACACCUUUUGCAGCUUCUGCCCCCACUCAUGGUGUACCCUCUGGCCAUGCUGCCACCACCCCUGCACAGCCUUCUGCUGCCUCUCCUGCUGCUACUGUGAUGCCUGCUGCAGUCCCAGCCAAAACAAAUGUUGUCAAAGCCAUCACCUACGACUGGGCACCUCCAGGGGUUAACCAGAGUUUGGCUCUGCGGUACAUGGAGCUUCUUCCCCCAGAGCAAAGACCCAUUGCAGGCACUCAGGGGGCAGACUACCGUAAGAAACAAAUGGCCAAACAGCUUCCAGAGCAUGACCAAGACCCGACUCGAUGCCACGAGCUCUCGCCAGCUGAGGUCAAACAGAUGGAACAGUACAUCCGCAAGUACAAGGACGAGGCUCUGGGCAUGGGAGACCUCACUCUGCCGGAGGAGAUGGUGACCCUCGCUGAAUCUGCUGGAGCACUGGGUCCUCAGGCUCUGGAGGCUGGAGCUGCUGGAGAUAAGGCUGCUGUAGGCAAGGCUGGCAUGCCAGGAGCACCAGGAGCUGUAUGCAGUGGCAACUAUGUCUGCCACCACUGCCAGAAGGUCAUGCAGCAGGGCGACCCCGCUGUGUACGCCGAGCGUGCAGGAUAUGACAAGCUGUGGCACCCGGCCUGCUUCGUCUGCUGCACCUGCAAAGAGCUGCUGGUGGACAUGAUCUACUUCUUUAAGAAGGGUCAGCUGUACUGCGGCCGUCACUACGGUGACAGUGAGAAGCCCCGCUGUGGAGGGUGUGAUGAGCUCAUCUUCAGUAACGAGUACACUCAGGCUGAGGGCCAGAACUGGCAUCUGAAACACUUCUGCUGUUUUGACUGCGACUGUGUCCUGGCUGGAGAAAUCUACGUCAUGGAGAACGACAAACCUGUCUGUGAACCCUGCUACAUGAAGAACCAUGCUGUGCGCUGCGCAGCAUGUCUGAAGCCGAUUGAGCCCGAGGCCCAGCGCGUGUCUUACGGAGAACACCACUGGCAUGCUGACCCUCAGUGCUUCCUGUGCUCCGGCUGCUCCAAGUGCCUGAUGGGUCAGCGCUUCAUGGCCCUGCAGGGCAAACUGCUCUGCUCUGUCGAGUGCAAGAAGAAGGUCCUGGCUUCUUAGAUAACUGCAGCAUUCUGGUACAGCAGCUUCUACACCACUGUCUUAGCUUCAGAAUAAUCAAUACUGAGAUACUGAGUACUUCUCAGCAUUCUGAGGUAAUUUCUUUUCUACUUUUUUAGCUUUAGAUUCAGAAGACAUUUUUAUAAGGACCUGAUUUUCUUUACCAGCACCUCCAGCGCAUAGUUUUGGUUACUGUGGCAAGGAGGUAAAGUAUGCAGUAGAAGUAAACUUCUCAUAAAAGGAUCAUCAUCCUCUGCCAUAAUGGACAUGCCUGUAAACUCUUCACUCAGAAUAUAGACAGGGUGAUCACUUUGUCCUUCAGUGUUGUACCCUAGUCCAGUAUUAUCAAGCAUAGUACAUGAGCUUGUCUCCAAGUGUUCAUUUCUUUCAGCCCCUUUGAACUUCAAGUGCCAUUAUUGUAUCACCACUGAAAUUGCACUUUAUUUAGGUUUUUCACUUCUUUUGCUUUGUACUGUAAUUAAUAAUUUGUAAUCUAAUUAAUAAUUUGCAAGUAAAAAAUAAUGGAAUUAU